CUGUCCUGUAGGCAUCCGUACUACGCUGCACGCAUGCGCAUUGGAUACCGGAUAUUUGGGACUGUUACCACACACGUGCGACUAUUAUUGCUAUUCCGUGCGCUGUUAGAGAAUAAAUGGCGAGGAGAAGUAGAGCAAAGCGUGGAGAAAACAAUAAAACCCCCAAUGUGGACGGCGAGGACACAGCUGCGGAUCCUCAGAUGAGCGGCUCCAUCCAAGUGAAGAGAAAGAUGCCUACUGUCAGUGUGUCGUGGGAGGAUGAGGAGGUGUGUGGUGACGCAGACCAGACUGCCAAAGGGGAACUGGAGCAAGCUUUAAAAAUCCCCGAAGCUGACCCUGCCGCUGAGCGUUCCCCUUCAAAGAAAACUAAACUCCUCAACGAUGGUUUUUGUCUUUAUGUGGGCAACCUGAACCGGUCUAAAAAUUCACAGGAACUCAAAGAUUCAAUAGCAAACUACUUUGUGACAAAUGGUCUUCUGUUUCACGACAUCCGAAUAGACCGGUACCGAAAACACGCAUUUGUGGACAUGAGCUCAAAAAUGGACCUGACCAAAGCUCUGACGUUAAACGGGGAGACAAUACUUGAUAUGCCCGUGAAGCUCGCCCAAGCAAAAGUUAGAAGUGACAAGAAAGAAAAUUUUAAAAGUCCUGAACUAAGGAGAAAAGUCAAAGAUGGCCGAUGCUUGUUCCUGAAGAACCUUCCAUACAACACAACAAAACAAGACAUCCUGAAAGUCUUCAGAAAAGCGAUCGCUGUUCGGUUUCCUGGUGGAACCAAUAAUCCGAGCCGGGGCAUUGCUUUUGUGCAGUUCCAAAACCAAACCAUUGCUACCAAAGUGCUGAAGAAAAAACAACACAUAAAGUUCCAGGGUCGGGAUCUGGUUGUGGACCGUGUUGGAGAACGAGGAGCUCCUGCUGCUGAAGCUGACAGCAGCAGCACACAAGCUGCUCCUGCUGGCAACACUUUAUUUGUGAGCCGUUUACCUAAAAGUGUGACAGAAAAACAACUGAAGAAAGUCUUUAAGAAAGCAGUUGGCAUCAGUCUAAAGGUUAAAGACAAGCAGACACGAUAUGCAUUUGUGGAGUUUCUCACGGUGGCGGACGCUGAAAAGGCUUUACAAUCGUCCAAAGAUGUCAAGAUCAGCAAACAGGCUGUUAGAGUAGAAAUGCGCCACAGAAGGAGAAAGCCUGAAGUCUCAUCUAAGACCUUGUUUGUGGUCGGCCUUGCCGCAACGACGUCAGCGGAAACACUUCAAAGUGUUUUUGAAGGAGCAGUCGGUGCGAGAGUCGCCAUAGACAAGGACACGGGCACGUCUAAGAGGUUUGGUUUUGUAGAAUUCGACAACGAGGAGAGCUGCAAAGCUGCCAAAGGCACGAUGGAGGACUGUGAGAUAGACGGCAGCAAAGUGACGGUGGACUACGCCCAUUCUAAGGCUCAAACGGGUCACCGGGCUACUGGAGUGGGUCCUCCUAGUGGGUGAUCCAAAGGGUCAUGACCCUACAGGAGAGGAUAGGGAUAAAAGGACAAACUUGCUGUUGUUCGCAAACACCUCAUGUAGACGUGUAAAGCAGAGUUUUUAAAAGUGAAUGAAAUCAUGACCUUUUGGUCAGCAUGAAGGUUCCCAUGAAAGAAUAAAACACCUUAAAAUGUUGGUGCUGAUCUAUGGGAACCUAAACAGGUAAAAAUAAUAAAGAAUAAAACAUUA